GGUACACUGCAAAAAUGCAAGCAAUUCUCCACCUCUUCCCCUCGUUGUCCAGUUCUUACCUUAAGUGUACAACUUUGUGCUGCUGCUGCUGCUGUAAUUUCUAUAUUUGUUACUUUACUUACUUGGUAGAAUAUAUCCAUCACUAUCAACCUCCAUCCCCAGAAAUCUAUCACCUUCGGCCACCAUCCCCAUAAAAGCACCCAUCUUUCACCCAACAACCCAGUGGCAGUGUCAUCCUGCUCCCCCUCUCCUUCAUAAACUCCCUUAUCUCCAAACUGUUCUGAGAAAAACCCACAAUUUAUUCCUUUUUAUUUCAGUGAUAUAGUAGAACAGGCGAAAAGUGCUUUUGAAUUGAGUGUUUUUGGUUGGGUUUGCGAAGUGCUGAUAUGCAAAGUGUUGGUGGGAGCAAGUGCUUUUGGUUUAGAAGUUUGAUUCAGAGGAAGGAAGUUGAUUCAGUUCAUGUGGGGAGGAGGGAGGGGCAUCAUCAAUUGGCUAGGAUAUUAUCUGUCACUGACCUUAUUGCCAUUGGAGUUGGAGCUACAAUAGGUGCUGGAGUUUAUGUUCUUGUCGGCACAGUUGCUAGAGAGGGUGCAGGACCUGCACUUACCAUUUCAUUCUUAAUUGCUGGGAUAGCUGCUGCACUCUCAGCAUUUUGUUAUGCAGAGCUUGCAUGUCGUUGUCCAUCUGCUGGGAGUGCCUAUCACUAUUCAUACAUAUGCGUUGGAGAAGGUGUUGCUUGGUUGGUAGGUUGGGCUCUGAUUCUAGAAUAUACCAUUGGUGGUGCUGCUGUUGCUCGUGGCAUAACCCCAAAUCUGGCCUUGUUUUUUGGAGGCUUGGAUAAGUUACCUUCAUUCUUGGCCCGUCAUACCAUCCCUGGGCUUGGUAUUGUGGUUGAUCCAUGUGCAGCAGUGUUAGUUCUUAUUGUCGCUUUUCUCUUGUGCACAGGGAUAAAGGAGAGUUCAUUGGUACAAAUGAUUGUUACGUCAGUAAAUGUUUCUGUCAUGCUAUUCAUCAUGAUAGCAGGUGGCUAUUUGGGUUUAAAAAAUGGAUGGGUUGGAUAUGAACUUUCUAGCGGGUACUUUCCCUUUGGAAUAAACGGGAUGUUUGCUGGUUCUGCUGUGGUCUUCUUUUCUUACAUUGGUUUUGAUUCAGUUACUAGCACAGUUGAGGAGGUGAGGAAUCCUCAACGAGAUUUGCCCCUCGGUAUUGGAAUAGCAUUGUUUAUAUGUUGCAUCUUGUACAUGUUUGUAUCUUUUGUAAUAACCGGCUUAGUACCAUACUAUGACUUAGAUCCAGAUACUCCCAUUUCCUCAGUAUUUGCAAGCUAUGGGGUGGAAUGGGCAGUGUAUAUUAUAACAACGGGAGCAGUUACUGCUCUUUCUGCAAGUUUGUUGGGUUCGCUUCUUGCUCAGCCACGGAUCCUGAUGGCAAUGGCUAGAGAUGGAUUGUUACCAUCAUUCUUUUCAGACAUUAAUAAAAAAACCCAAGUUCCUGUGAAGAGCACUGUUACAACUGGUAUUUUUGCCGCAGUUCUGACGUUCUUUAUGGAUGUUUCCCAAUUGGCAGGGAUGGUUAGCGUUGGUACACUAUUUGCAUUUACAACUGCUGCACUUUCAGUUUUGAUACUACGAUAUGUGCCACCAGAUGAAGUGCCACUUUCAUCAGCACUUAAAGAGUCCAUUACGUCAGCAUCAUUGCAAACUGGUCGUACUAUUCAGGAAAGUGACAGAGAAAACCUUCCACUUCCUGCUGGCUCCUCUAAGGAUGAUAGUCAAUAUUUACGUGAAAUAGGGGAGGCAUCACUUGGCUAUCCUCUGAUUCAGAAAGUCUUAUCACAAGACAAUCGAAAUGAACAAAAAAGGCGGAAGAUUGCGGCCUGGGCCAUAGCCUUUCUCUGUAUAGGGACUUUUACCUUUGCAUUUGCAGCUUCAGCUAAAGGCGUUUCCAGCAUUCUUCGCUUCACAGUGUGCGGAGUGUCUGGCGUUCUACUGCUGUGCUGCUUAAUUGUGCUGACCUGUAUUGAUCAAGAUGAUACAAGGCACAGCUUUGGACACACUGGAGGUUUCAGUUGUCCAUUUGUUCCAUUUUUGCCUGCUGCUUGCAUUCUCAUAAAUACCUACUUACUAAUUGGUCUCGGAGCUGCCACAUGGAUCCGCGUCUCUGUAUGGUUUGCCAUAGGAGCAUUGGUAUACUUGUUUUACGGCCGAAGCCAUAGUUCACUUUACAAUGCAGUUUAUGUAUCCUCAGCUUAUGCUAAUGAGAUUUAUCGUUCCUCGUCAGACCACGCGGCCUAGUCUGCCGGGCGAGAACCACGCUCGCCCCGGUGCCGGUCACAAAUGUGUUUCUGUUAUCAUGUGUUUACUUUUCUCAUGUAAAUUUUAUGUCGGAACUUUUGAACAGAAUGUUCAUCUCAUUGUAAGUAACCCAAAUUACUUUCAGUUUCUUUGCAAUACAAAGUAAGCCUUGAAAGAGAA